AUAUAAAUACAAAAUAUGAGUGAACCUCGCAAGAAUAAUGACAGUGAAACUCGCCAAAAUCAAAGACGAACUGACGGAGUUGAUAUUCAUGAAAGUAUUGAGACGUUGAUACCAUUUACGAAAAUAAUAAAAAAACAAAUUCAGGAGUUCCGAAAAGAAUUUAAAAAAACAUAUGAACAGUAUUUAAAGUUCAUUGAAAAUCCCCAAAGUCGAAUUCAACAUCAAUCAUCAGUACAGUCUGAAAAUCAAUCCGCGACACCACCAACGAGCAAAAAUGAAUUCGGGCGAAAAGUUCGAUAUUCGUCAUUUCAUAAAGUUGGGAAAAUAUAUGACACAACAAUAAAAUCAUUAGGCGAUUUUAUGACAACAUUUACAGAAGAUUACAGAAAUUUAUAUUCAAUAGCUAUCAAGAUAAGUUCAUUAAAACAAGAAUUUAAGAAUCUAGUUACGCGAUAUGAGAACCGUACAGAUGAUUUAGAAGUUAAUCAGUUGUAUCAAAUAAACAAAAAGAUUGACAGUAUUAUUGAACAUCAUAAUAAGUUAGUCAUUACGUACAAUGCAGGAAUCGACCAUUUCAUCGCAUUGCAACAUAAUUUAAGUAACGGUAUACUUGUCUAUGAAUCGACAACAGGAAAGAAUUUCGUAUUGUCAAAAGAUAAUGAUCUAGAAGAGUUUAAACGUUUGGUUGAGACCGAUGAAAUUUCACAAAAACGCAGCCCAAUAUACGCAUCAUUUGCCAGCAGAUUCAAAGGCGAUCUACAAAAUUCUGCUGACAAAACUGUAUUGAUGCCUGUUAAGCCGUUGAAGAAAGACAAGUGGAUUCUGCAAUCUCCAGUAGAACAGGAUAAUGAUGCCUCUGAACAAACUCAACAAAAUGCCCAGAAUAGUGAAGACCCUGGACCAGACAAUCAAGAAUACCAACCAUCUCAACAAAAUACCGAAUUCGAUGACGCCACAGAACAUCACACGGAUCCUUCUGUACCUAACAAUGCAAUAAACGCAAAAUUUGCCAGCAGAUUCAAAGACGAUCUACAAAAUUCUGCUGACAAAACUGUAUUGAUGCCUGUCAGACCAUUAAAGAAUAACAAUUGGAUUCUGCAAUCUCCAGUAGAACAGGAUAAUGAUGCCUCUGAACAAACUCAACAAAUUGCCCAGAAUAGUGAAGACCCUGGACCAGACAAUCAAGAACACCAACCAUCUCGACAAAAUACCGAAUUCGAUGACGCCACAGAACAUCACAUGGAUCCUUCUGUACCUAACGUUGAACUUAAUAAUGAUGUUCAACAAACUUCCCAAGAGCCAACGGAUCCCUCACCUUGAACAUCAAGCACUUAGUGAAAUUAUGAACCCUCUUCAUCGACGAUUCACCCACGUCAGCAUCACGAGGAAGCUGCAUCAUCAAAACCAGAUUCCCAGCUUUCUGAUCAAAAUUUUUAAUCAUCCAAACCAGCGCAUCAUUAUAUAUUAUUU